AUGCAGUCAAAAGAUAAUAUUCAAAAGAAGCUACUGCUUUUGGCUGUGAAGGAAGGGCAUGAACAAGUGGUGAGGAUGCUGCUUGAGCAAGGUGUCGACGUGGAGUCCAAGGACAAUGAACAGGGUCGAACACUACUCUCAUGGGCUUCCAGCAACGGCCACGUUGCGGUGGUGAAGGUCUUGCUUGGGAAGGGUGCCAAUGUGGAGUCCAGGGAUAGCCAGUAUAGUCGGACACCGCUCUCAUGGGCGGCUCAGAAUACACACUCAGCGGUGUUAGGACUCCUACUUGAGAAAACUUUGGAGGGCCAUUCAGAUUGGGUCAUGUCCGUGGCCUUCUCUCCGGACGGCCAGAUGCUGGCCUCAGGCUCUGGUGACAAAACUGUCCGGCUGUGGGAUGCCAAAACUGGUGCUCUACAAAUGGUUCUACCUACAAACACAGCAGUCAGAUCUAUCAGUUUCUCUACACACGGCCCAUACCUAGAGACUGACACUGGUUCCCUUAAUAUCCAGCCCUUUGGGAGUAAUUACCAGCCAAUUCAAGAUGAGUACUGCCCUAACAUAUCCUUAAUAGAGGACUGGGUGGCCCUUGGAGGUGUUAAAGUACUGUGGCUCCCAUAUGCGUAUCGCCAACCAAGUUGCUUAGCUUUUAAAGGUGAAGCUCUUGCUCUCGGGUAUCAUGACUGUCAGGUUGUCUAUACUAGUCAAUGA